GCUCAGGAGAGCGCCGAGCACAUCGAUGGCAUUGCCUCUGAGUGGGCGGGGCGCCCUGGGCGGGUCCACGGCCCCCCACGGCCCCCCAGACCCCCGUCCCGGCAUAGCACUCCGCUCUUCUGGGCCCCGCGGGCGCGUCCUCCGGCGCACAGGGGCACGGGCCCGCCCUGCCCGAGGGCCGGUCGUUCCUUCCCCUGCGCUGGGAGGCUGUGGGGUUUGUGCGGUGUGGCCCGGCCCGGGCGGGGACCGAGGCUGUUUCUCCUGGGAUGCAUGCCCCCGUCCCGGGGCCAGGAAGUGCAGGAGCUGGCCGCGACCCGGGCUGGGCGACGAAGGCGCGCCGAGAGCAGGCAGCGACUGCGCUUGGUUGCGGGACCCGGGCUCGGAGGUGGCUCCUCGAGCUCCUUACCUGCUGGAGAGCUGCAGGCGCAGAGAUGGUGAACCGCGCGCCCGGGGCCCUGGCACCAUCUCCCACUUGGCUUUCUCAAGGCACCUUGACCCACAACCCUGCCGCCCCGACAGAUGUCCGGGAAUGACGCUCAGCUCCUCCAUUUUAGGAUUUUUUUGUUUUUCUACAGUAGGGACGUGGAAGUUCCCAGAACAGAAUCUCACACCAUCCAGUGCUCUGGCUUCAGGAGCUGGCAAGGGAUUCGCCCUAUGCCGAGCAAAAGAGAACGCUCUCUUCCUCGUCACACGGCAGCAGCCAGCGCUCCACCACAGAACUGCCCUUCUGCCCAGAAACAAGGCCUUCGUCUGAGCCCCCAGGGAGCGGUCAGAAAGGCACAGGUCGCCGGGCAGACGAGGGCCUGUGCUGGGUGUUGCCUCUCAGGUGUUCCUCUUUCACCCCAGGCUCAUAGCAAAGAAAGGAGAGUCGCAGAAGCAGGAAAUUCAGGGAGAGGCUUCAAAAAAGACAAAGGGAUCGGGAAACUCCCCAAAUUCCUGAUGUUCUCCGGGCCGACGGUCACCAGGAUCCUUGACUGCAGGGUGCCCCCUCUUGUCUGUCCUGCCUCCUUCCUAGGCUGGGCGAUAGCCAAGUGAGCUAAUGUCUGUGGAAGUUCCUUGUAAAUGUCAAAUCGCCCUACAGUUUUAGGAUGCCACGAUUACUAUCUAGUGUGACAGAGAAACUCCUCCCAGGGACUUGAUUUUCUCAGCUACUUAGUGGCAGAACUGAACUUUAACCCAAGUCUAAGGCUGAGCCCAGCACUUUCCUAAGCAGAUUAGUGGGCCAUAAUCAUGCAAACUCACAGAGAUACAUUUUCCCAGUGAAAUUGUGUAUUAGAGAUCUUUAGUUGACUUGAAAUGAAAAACGAAAUUGAAAUUAACUUUCAAUGACUAGCUUUGGAAAACAAACAGCACUUGUAGAAAUUUCACAGGUUUGAACUUUACACAGUCGACGGCUCCCUUUAAGAGAGCCUUGGUGCCCCACACGCCUUCCAACUCAGGUGCAGCUAUUUCCUUUCGGUGGUUACAAGGAAAGCCUACCAGGGGACUUCUGCUGCAGGAACAAAUUGAUUGCUCUAGUCUGAGAUUUGGCAAGGGAGAAAUUAUGCUGAGUCAAUGUGACUAAACAUCUGAACACACCCAGAUUACUAAUGAACAGGCAUCAUUUUAGGCAAAUAUGCUUAAAUACCUAAUUAAGCAGCCAGUAAUUUUUUUCUUCUACUACAGCCUUCCCAUUUCUUUGUUAAGGUGCUAACUACCAGUAAAAUACAAUGGUCUCCCAGGAUCAUUGGAAAACCACAACAAACUGGCUUAGGAGAGAGCAGAUGGUGGGUAAGCCCUGACACUCGGGUUUUUCUUUUAUGUAAUCCAAGUGCCUGAUUUAAGCUUUACACAGCCUCUCCUAAAACACACUGCCAGCCGCAGGCCUGGGAAGAGGCCUCAGAGAGACUGCAGAGAAGCAGGCUGCGUCCCCGCUGUGUUUGGGGCCCCUUUGCUUUGGAGAUCUUGGUUAGUAUCAAAACUGACCAUUUGGGUCACUUGUUUUUUCUCUUCCUGCACUUUAAAUUGCCACUCUUAGGUUUUAAAUUCACCAAUAAAACGUGAGCCCAUGAAACCCUAGGCCCCACCCUCAACCCCAGUCAAAGGAGAGGCCCAGGCCUACAUGGGCAUGCUCCCCUCUCUCUCUCUCUCUCUCUCUCUCUGUGAUCAGAGAGGCCAUGUAAUUUCCAGGUCCUGUAAGCAACAGACCUGCUUUGUUUUGUUUUCAAAGUUUCCCAAUGGUUACUACUGAAGAGCAUCUUGUAACCUUAACCACAAUCUGGUCCAGCCAUAACAUUGGUCUUUGAGAAACUGAGACCAGCAUCCAAUGGCAGGGCUGGAACAAAGGCAAGCCUCCCCCAGAAGUGAACAGAGUAAAGCCAGAGAGCUUGCUAGAACUAGAGCUUCAUGCUGACUUUUUUAUAAUUAUAGUGUCAUUGAUAUACAAUCUUAUGAAGGUUUCAGAUGAACAACAUUGUGGUUUCAACAUUCACCCAUAUUAUCAAGUCCUCUCCCUCCCCAGGCCCCAUGGCAGUCACCAUCUAUCAGCGUAGUAAGAUGCUAUAGAGCUGACCUCUAUAUUUUAGAAAAGCCCCAAAUGCUCGGCUUGUGAUGCUUGGGAAAGUCAGUUCCCACUACUGCUCACCCUAACAAGCUUUGGUCCUGCCCUAGCUCUGUGAAUCCCAAAUCCAGGCUUGGGUGUGCAUUCUACAGGCUUGGGUGAUGGGGAUAAAGGGGCACAGUAAUUCACAGUCACAAUAUAAGUUGGUCAUGGGGACGGUAGUACAGCAAGGAGAAUAUAGCCAAUGAUUCUGUAUCAUCUUCCUGCAUUAACAAUGACCACACUAGAGGGAGUGAGGAUUUAAUAAUAUGAGUAACCGUUGAACACUGUGCUGUAUAUUUGAAACCAACAUAAGACUGUAUAUCAACAAUACUUUAAUAAAAUAAAUAAAUAAAAGAAAAGCAGGACUUCAGGCCCAACAGACCUCCUGGGCCCAAGCCUGCCUGCAGUGCGAGCCAGAGCAUCUGCAGCACAUGAAGGCCAGAGAAGCACUUGCUGCCAACCUACUUAAUUCUGAGGUCCGGUGUUCGUAAAUCCACUUGCACCACGCGUCAGCCACAGUCUCCAACCCCACCUUCAACGGUAAUAAAGGUGCAAUCUUC